ACAUAAAUUUAUCAAUUUAUGGAAUAUCGAUGUAUCGAUAUUUUGCUAUACCAACCCUAGCGAGACAAGCCAGCCGAAAAAGUUAGGAAAAAUUGAAGAAUUACUUUGCAGACCACCAAUUUUAUAGUUUGGUACUUGGAGCAAGUACCGAAUACUAUAUACUUGCCAAACGGAUGGCUGCCUAAACAGAGAGACGCAGGAAAAGGUAAUAGAAAACCCCCAUAAUGACCCAAUAUCUGCCGCCGAAUCUGCUGGCGCUGUUCGCGGCGCGGGAUCCCAUCCCGUUCAUGCCGCCGGUGGACAAGCUGCCGCACGAAAAAAAGUCCCGGGGCUAUCUGGGAGUAGCCAAUUUCAUGGCCGAUUUCGAGGACCCAAAGGACACGCCGCUGCCGAAAACAGUGGAAACACGCCAGGAGCGUCUGGAGCGAAGGCGGAGAGAGAAGGCCGAACAGGUGGCGUACAAGCUGGAGCGGGAGAUUGCUCUGUGGGACCCCACCGAGAUAAAGAACGCGACUGAAGACCCCUUCCGAACGCUGUUCAUCGCGCGCAUCAACUACGACACGUCGGAGUCGAAGCUGCGACGUGAGUUCGAGUUUUACGGACCCAUUAAGAAGAUAGUCCUGAUCCACGACCAGGAAUCAGGUAAGCCCAAGGGCUACGCCUUCAUCGAGUACGAGCACGAACGUGACAUGCACGCCGCCUACAAGCACGCCGAUGGUAAGAAGAUUGAUAGCAAGCGCGUCCUGGUCGACGUUGAGCGGGCCCGCACCGUUAAAGGCUGGCUGCCACGGCGCCUGGGAGGCGGAUUAGGAGGCACGCGGCGCGGCGGCAACGAUGUCAACAUCAAGCACUCUGGUCGCGAGGAUAACGAAAGGGAGCGCGAACGUUACCGGCUGGAGCGAGAACGUGAGGAUCGUGAGGGCGCCAACAGAGGCAACGGUUUGGAGCCACGGGGCGCACGUCCCGGUUUCGGUGACCGGCGUCGGUCCCGCUCCAGGGAUCGUCGAGACCGAGAGCGCGACCGUGGACGCGGCGCUGUGGCUGUCGGUCGGUCACGCAGCCGAUCCCGCGAACGCAGAAAACGACGUGCGGGCAGCCGAGACCGCGGCUACGAAGAGUUCGAUCGAAGGGACAGACGUGACAGGGAACGGGAGCGAGAUCGCGAUCGGGAUCGUGAUCGCGAGCGUGAGAAGAAAAAGAAGCGCUCCAAGUCGCGCGAACGUGAGUCCUCCAGGGAAAGGCGGGAGCGAAAGCGAGAACGAAGGGAUCGCGAGCGAGGCCCUGGCGGAGCUGGCGGAGACAUUAAGGAACGGAAGCCUGAGUUCCGUGAGAUGGACAUCAUCAAGAUCAAGGAGGAGCCAAUCGACGAUGGUUAUCCCACAUACGAUUACCAGAACACGGCCAUUAAGCGGGAGGUUGACGACGAAAACGAGGAGAAGUACAGGCCGCCGCCUGCACACCACAACAUGUUUAGUGUGCCACCGCCACCCAUUUUGGGUCGUGGCGGCAAUACUGGUGCCAAUCAAAAUCCGAAUCCCGACAACGGUCAGCAGAACGCUGGUGACCAGAGCUGGUGGCGUCAGUAGGAAUCAUUUCAUGUCUUCUACAUCUCAAGGUUAUUAAUUGUAAAAAAAUCAGCCCCCAUUGAGCGAAGCAAUCCAGGAUGGAUCCCUAGUAAUCAUAAAAAAAAAACACCACAAAAAAAAGGUUCCAUUUUACACUUCAAAUUUUAAGGUGCAGCCGCAAAUAUAAUAGCGCUGGCGACAUUUUCAAGCCCCCUAGACCGCAGAACGCAGGAUUCACUAAUAUUUGCGUAGCUUACAAAAUUUUUAAUUCUUAAGUAAAUCUUAACAAAAAUGAAUAUGAAAGAAAAAGUAAGUAAAAAAUAAAGCUAGCCCUUCA